AUGAUCGGAGGGAAGACAUACUCGCUAUACAUCGGCCAAGGCUUUGACCGUGCUGGCGGUGCUGUCAACGGAAGCAAUGUUUUUGGAGGAUAUGACUCCGGUCGUUUCACUGGCAUCCCAAACAAAUAUCCGAUGAACAUCGCCAACGUCAAUCCAAUGAGCGUACGCAUCAAAGAUAUCAUCAUAACGGAGUCUGCGGAUAAUUCUAACGUUUCCUUGUUCGACAGCAAGGCAUUUGCCGACAUGAAAGCGCCAGGACAGAGCUUCGAGGCUCAGAUCACUACGGACCAGUUUCCCCUUUCCCUCCCAUACCAGAUCACAAAGAACUUCAUCACCCGCCUAGGAGCCGAAAAGGACAAUACUUGGGGCGACAAUUCCUUGAAGCUCAAGAAUGCUUUCAACGGCACCAUGUCUAUCGUCCUUGAAGACGGCUUCACAGUCACAUUCCCGCCAGAAGUCCUCAUGAACGUAUCGAACAUAACACCCAUCCAAGAUCGUGAUGAGAAAUCAACAGACCCCUUUUACCUUGGAUCUGCCUUCCUCGGUCAAGUGUAUCUCAUGGCUGAUUUCGAGUCGAACAACUUCUUCCUCGCCGAAGCGGUGCAGAAGAACAACAUGGUCAUGCCUGUAACAUUCUGCCCCAGGACCACGCCUGUAGCAUACGAACGUCCUGAUCAAUCAAACUGGCAGAAACAAGGCCUGAUCGGAGCCGUCCUUGGUGGUGUCAUUGGCGGUUUGGCUACCAUCGCUGCGCUGUACUGUCUGUGGGUGGCGCUGUUGAGACAAAAGGAUAAGCGGAGGCUGCAGAGGGAGUUGAAGAAGAACCAGCAGUCCAAGUUGGCGCAGUUCGAUGUAGAGGAAGCGCCCACAUUCGAGCCUCCACCGUCCAAAGCUUCGAAGGUAUUUUUCUGGAAGAAGAAGUAG